CAUCAAUCCACUGAACACAACAUGACAGCCGUAGAUACGGAAGAUGAUACGAAGUGGAAAAGCGGGGUUCUUUCUGCCUUGUCGGGCAUCGGCAAAAAAGAAAGCGUCAAGGUAAAAAAACUUCGUAAACUGGUCCUGCUCUCGCUGCAGAUGGACGAGGAUGAUAAGGUAGCCAAGAAGGAGUUCAAGCGUGUUGUCAAGGCCCUGGAAGACGAUGGGGAACUGAAAAUUGAUGCCGAAGGACUUGUCAAAUUGAAAAAAUCGAGCGGGAAGAAGCGCAAAUCCAAAGGAGAGACUUUAGCAGAAUGCACGAAAAAGCAAAAGCACAGCGAUAACAACAACGACAAAAGCGACGAAACCCAACCAGGUCAACCCUCAGAACAGGAAGAAGCUUCUCCCGAAGAAAAGAAUAAGCCCUGCCAAGGGAAUCCUUCCGGGGUGACUCGCCUGUUUCUUGGAAAUUUGCCAUUCGCUGUCGAUGAAGCAUCUUUGGAAGCAUUUCUGCCAGCUCACGUGACACACAUUAAGUGGAUUACUGACAAGGAAACGGGCAAAUUUUAUGGAUCCGCAUUUAUUGAAAUGGAAACGUCAAUAUCGGCGGCAAAGGCUGUUGCAAUGGCGGGGUCGCAACUCAUGGGACGUCCCCUAAAAGUCAAUUUUGCCCCUUCUCGACCAGGCGACAUUUGGCCUCCAGUCAAAAAGGUGAUUUCAGGUGGCAGUACGGGACAAGCGGGUGGGUCAGGUAUCAAGGCCAUGAGUGAAAAACCCGAAACCUGUACUAAAUUGUUCGCCGGGAACUGCUCGUACGAAAUUGAUGAUGAUGCAAUUACGAAAUUCUUUGGCAAUGUCGAAUCGGAGGUCAAAGCCGUGCGCUGGCUACAUCACAAAGAUUCGGGCGACUUCAAAGGAUGUGGUUACGUCGAGUUUUGGAACACGGAAGCCUGCGAAAAAGCAGCUACUCUGAACGGCAAAACUCUGCUAGGCCGCCCUAUCCGCUUGGACUGGGCCGAGUAA